GAGGAAGAAAUGGAGGAACUUCUUAAGCGAAUUUCCCUGACAUUUCCCCCCGGUGCAGUCACCUUCGUUGAUCGCAUUGGUCGUAUUUCCACCCAGCAAUGGCAAGUGGGCCAGACGUUAGCGACACUCCGUCAGCAAAAGAAUGCGGACCAACCAACUGAGGAAACGGCUUCAGAUGUUGGUAAAGCAAAGAAUUUUAGUCCUGGAAUACUUUCAUCAAAUGAGGUGUGUACACUGCAAGAGGGCCAAAGAGGAAGUGAGCCGUUGGAUGACGAGUUGUACGGUACGUCGGAUGUCACCAAAAUACCCUUUCAGACGGUUUAUAACCUCGUGGAUGUAAUAAAGCAGGCGGAGAACUCCAUGGAGAGUCUGAACAACGUCUUGAACUUUGAGAGUGAAAUCAACGCCUUUCUCAAAACUCUCACACUAUCGUUGUCGACGACACCGCGGCAUGUGGAUGAGACACUUGGCGAAAUGGAAAAUGAGGAUGAGAUUAUUGAAAGGGCAGUUCAUCCUACGGGCAAUUUAUCUAUACAGCGUCCUAGCAUGGCUGAACACUCACCACGAAAGCUGGAGCGCGAGUCUGAAGCGGCAGCGAGCCAAUACGCAUUGAUGUCCUCUUAUCAUGGCGAUCGGCGGGGCUCUAAUGAGGUUGAUAAACUAAAGUCAGAGGCGGCGGAGCAGGCUGAGCGGCUUAAGAAACUGCAGGAACAGUUGGAUAGUAUUCAACCAGAGUUUGCGGCCAAAAUUAACUUUCUGCGCCAGGUGUAUGAGGCCCGUAUAUGUGACUUGGAGACGAAGGAGGCCAAUUACGGCCGUAGGUUGAACAGCAUUUCUCCGCAGAGGGAAGGCAGGGAGCGGAGGGAAUCUAAAAUCCAAAUUCGUUCAGACCGUUCUGUACCAUCCUUGCAAUUACAAGAGACUGCUGAGUCUGAAAAAGCAAGAAAAAAAGGAGACAAGGACCAACUCUUGCACGCACGAUCGGAGUGGCAGCAGACAAAACCGGUUUUACAGGCAAAUAAAAAGACACGGGACGCAACGUUGGGGGAACUCAAUAAAAUGAUGAGGGGAGGGGGUAAUGCAAAUGUGAAGGCAGGUAAGCGUUCUGCCUCCCGAUCCAGAAGCCCAAGUGCGAAGACGACGUAG